AUGAAGCGAGCAUACAACUACUUCUUCGGGGCUGGCCACCCGGAACCGGUGCCAUCCAUGCCCACCGCGCCCGUCACAACCACAGACACCACAGCGCCGAGCAAGAUCGAUGAGGCCCCGCGCGAGAACGGCAUCGAUACCCCGCCCGACACGCCACAUGAGGCAAGCAUUCCUGGAGGAGAGGACCGAAUUGCUCCCUCCACCGAGCCCCCGUCUCCCUCCGACGACGACACGCUCGAAGUAAAAAUCGAGAAGCUGCAGAAGAGGCUGGCACACACCGAGGCCCAGCUGUCCGAGGCACAAACCGUCGCACAGUCCCAGGACCAACAUGUCAAGGUGUUGGAGGAAGACUACAGGGAGCGUGAGAAGGGCUUCGAAGAGCGCGAGGCUACCCUGCAACAGGACAAGAAGGAGCUCGAGGAGCACAUGGUCAGCGUCGUCGUGCAACAGGUGCGUGAGGCAAAGCUCAAGGAGCGCAACACCGUCCAGGAAGAGUGGGCAGGCCGUGUUGCUGAGCUACAGGCUGAGAUCGAUGCUCUCAAGGCUGAGAUCCAGGAGCUCAAGCAGACCAUCCAGAGCCUAGAGGGUGGCAAGACCAGCGAGGACUCGAUCCCACGCGCCGAGCACGAGCAGCUCUAUGCCGACAAGUCCAACGUCGAGCAGGAGUUGGCUGCCGCCAAGGACGAUCUGGAGAAGCUCACCGCAGCCCACGCUGAGAAGGAGGCCUCGCUGUCAAAGGCGCAUGCCACCAUUGAGGGUCUCCAGGCUGAGAACGAGACCACCAGGUCAGCCGCUACCGAUGCCGGCGCCAAGGACGAUAAGAUCGCUGUUCUCAUGUCUGAAAUCACCGCCCUCAAGUCACAAAUUGGUGACCUCCAGAAGCAGCACGAGGAGGAAAUUGCUGCCCGUGGCACUCAAAUCACCGACCUCGAGCAAUCCCACUCUGCUACCAAGGAGGAGGCAGAGGGUCUCCGUGGUACCAUUGCCGAGCUCAAGCAGACUCAUGACUCUGAGGCUGAGGGUCUCCGCGCCCAGAUCACUGAACUCUCAUCCGGAUCCACCGAUGCUUCUUCCAAGGUAUCGGAACUUCAGAGCGAGUUGGCCCAGGCGAAGGAGCAGCUUGUGACUGCCAAGGCUGAGCUCGCAACCAAGUCCGAGGAGCACAGUGCUGCCGUCGCUGAGGGCGAGGUCGACAGCUUGAAGGCUGAGAUCGCCGAUUUGCAGGAGAAACUCAAGUCUGCUGACUCUGCCAACGGCGAUGCUGAGGGUCUUCGUAGCCAGAUCACCGAGCUUGAGAAGUCGUUGAAGGACGCUCAAGACUCGCUGGCCGCUAAGACUGCUGAGCUCGAGACUGUCACUGCCGAGAAGGACGCUGCCGUCAAGGCUGCUGAGGAGGCGAAGAGCAACGUCGACGCUCUUACCACAAAGAUUGCCGACCUGGAGAAGGAGCUUGAGGGUGCGAAGAGCACUGCCAGCUCUGCAUCCGAGGAGUCUGCCGCCAAGGUUGCUGAGCUUGAGGCUUCGCUGAAGGAGGCAAAGGACGGCCUUGCUGCUAAGGACGCCGAAUUGGAGUCUGCCAAGGGUGCGGUAUCGAAUGCUUCCGAAUCGUCGGCCGCUAAGAUUACUGAGCUUGAGAAGGACCUUGCCGUUGCAAAGGAGGAGGCUGAAAAGGCCACUUCUUCGUCGAAGGAGGAGGUUGAGGCUCUGCAAGGCAAGAUCACUGGUCUCGAAACCGAACUCGCAUCUGCGAAGUCUGACCUCGAUACUGCCCAGAAGGACGUUGCUGCCGCUAAGGACGCAGCGGAGGGUGACUCCAAGGGUCUCCAGACUAAGGUUGCCGAUUUGGAGCAGGCACUCGCUGAUGCGAAGGCCGAGACCACAAAGGCUUCUGAGUCUGCAAAGGAGGAGACUACCACCCUUCAGAGCAAGAUCGCUGAGCUCGAGGCUUCCCUCGCCACUGCCCAGCAGGAAGCUACUUCUGCCAAGGAGGAGUCCAACAAGACUGUUGAGUCUGUCAAGGGCGAUGCGGAGGGUCUUCAGGCAAAGAUUGCCGAGCUUGAGUCAUCCCUCGCAUCCGCCAAGACUGAUCUUGAGGCUGCCCAAAAGGAGGCCGCUGCUGCUAAGGAGGAGUCCACCAAGGCUACCGAGUCUGCAUCAGGAGAGGCUGAGGGCCUCAAGAGUCAGAUUGCUGAGCUCGAAGCUUCUCUCAAGGCGAAGGACACUGAGGUCGAGGAGGCGAAGAAGGCUGGCGAGGCGGCAAAGGGUGACACUGAUGAGCUCUCUGCCAAGAUUGCCACCCUUGAGGCCUCUCUUAAGGAGUCCAACACCAAGGCUGAAGAGACCGAGGCUAAGCUUACCGAAGCUCUUCAGACUGCCGAGACUUCCAAGACCCAGACCGGGGACCUCACCACCAAGAUCGAGGCACUCGAGAAGGAGUUGGCUGAUGCGAAGGCAGAUGCGGGCAAGGUUGCUGAGCUCGAGGCCUCUCUCAAGGAGGCUACCAGCAAGCUCGAAGCCAAGGACGCUGAGCAUUCAGAAGCCCUUCUCGUUGCCAAGUCGUCAAGCGGCGAGGCUGAGGCGAAGGUUGCUACUCUUGAGAAGGAUCUCGCCGCCAAGGCAUCUGAGCAUGACUCUGUCAAGGAGCAGCUCGCCAGUGCCGAGGAGGCGAAGUCCGCUGCAGAGAAGGCUCUCGCCGAGCUUAAGGAGUCCGCUUCCGGAAACCAGGAUGCCAUCAAGGCCGCUGAGGCAUCUCACGAGGAGACCAAGGCUUCUCUCUCCACCGCUCAGUCUGAGCUCGAGGAGUUGAAGAAGGCCAAGGCCACUCUCGACGAGGAGCUCGAGGCCGCCAAGAAGGCGACCGCCGAAGCCGAGGAGAAGGCUGCCAGUGUUGCAUCCGCGUCCGGCUCUCACGAGGAGAAGGUUAAGGAUCUCCAGACCCAGCUCGAGAAGGCCACCGCCGAUCACGAGGAGACCAAGGCUGCGAAGGAGACUCUCAAGGCAUCCAAGCAGACUGCUGAAGAGGCCGAGGCUCUGAAGACUGAGAUCGCCGCGCUCAAGGCUUCAUCUGAGAAGACUGCUUCUGAGAAGGCGGAGCUAGACACCAAGAUCACUGACCUCGAAUCUAAGCUCGCUGAAUCUUCCAAGGCGUCUGAAGAGCUCAAGGCUCUUGAGGUAUCCAAGACCGACGUCGAGACCCAGUUGAAGUCCGCUCAGGAGUCUCUUAGCCAGGCUGAAGAGAACUCUGCCGCGCUCAAGAAGCAGCUUGAGGACGUGACCGCCGAGACCGAGUCUCUGAAGAAGGACCUCGCAGACGCCAAGGCUGCUCCUAAGGAGGAGGCCAAGGUUGUUGAGAAGGAACCUGAGGUCGCCGAGAAGGUCGUUGAGAAGGAGCCUGAGGUCGAGAAGGUUGUCGAGAAAGAGCCCGAAGUCGCUGCUCCCGUCGAGGAAGUCAAGGCCGCCGAACCUGUUGUCGAGGCACCCAAGGAGGAAGUCAAGGCUGCCGAGCCAGAAGUUGAGGCACCCAAGGAGGAGACUCCCGCUACUCCCGCCGCCGAAGACCCCGUCCCCGAGGCAAAGGAAGACGAUGCCGAAGAAGACCCCAAGAGCCCCACCGACUCGACGCCCAGCACGCCUACCACCGCAAACGCGAAUAAGAAGAAGAAGAAGAAGGGCAAGAAAUAG